AUGAACGGAAAGGAUGAACAACAAACACCAGUGGACCUCCACAAACUUUCUGCCGUGACCACUAAGGUACACUCGUUUAAGAACCCCAAUAGAAUUCCGCCUACAAGAAGAUAUAAACCUCUUCGCCAAUUAAUAAGUGACGAGACCAAAUAUCUACAGACCAAAGAUAACAUCAAGUUCGACACUCCAACAUAUAACUCCGUAGCUGCUCCACCCAGCUUACGUCCUCAGAAGCAUUAUUGCGAUAUCACAGGGUUGCCUACCAAGUACAAGAGUCCAGCUAACAGUGUACGGUUCUAUAACGUUGAAAUAUAUCAAGAAGUAAUUAAGAAUAUGCCUCCAGGAGUCGACCAGAAUUAUUUGGAGCUUCGUGGUGCCAACGUUAUAUUGAAGUAG